UCCUCUUCGACUUGGUUUGUCGAGCAUGCCGCCCGCGUGCGGUGUUCCGCAUUUCCAUGAGUCCCAUGACCAGAAUGUCGCCAUCCAUUACGACGCUUACUAACUUGCGCUGCCGAGGGUGACUCUUAUCGAGUCAACCCACAGGAGUUGCUUUGCAUCACAUCCUCCCAGGUGCAUGUUAGGUUUCACUCGCCGACUAUCCACUCUCGCCCGCCACUUCUCUACUGCCACUUCUAGGAUGACCUAUCCGUCAACAAUUCAAGCCAUCACGAUCUCAAAGACGGGGGGACCCGAGGUCAUUGAGAAACGCGAGAUCCCUUUCCCAAAAGUAGCCCCAGAUCAUUUGGUCGUAAAGGUCCAAUAUAUUGGUGUCAACUUUAUCGACACCUACUACAGAGAAGGAAUAUAUCCAGCCUCUCAUUUCCCAUUCGUAAUUGGGAAGGAAGCCAGCGGCGUAGUUGUCGCGCUCCCUACAGACGAGUCUGUCUUGAAUGACCCAGAUUACAAGAAGCGUGGGUACAAAGAAGGUUCCCGUGUCGCAGUCGAUUGGUUGGGCUCGCACGCGGAAUACGUCUCUUCACCUUGGAAAACGGUGUAUGUGAUCCCCGACUCGGUGUCGACAUUGACGGCUGUCUCGGCCCUUGUGCAAGGGUUGACUGCUAUUUCCUUCAUGGAAGAAGCAUACAACGUGCAAAAGGGCGACGUCAUCCUCAUUCACACCGUCGCAGGUGGCCUUGGAUUACUCAUGACCCAGCUGGCCAAGUCGCGAGGGGCGACGGUCAUAGGAACAACCUCGACGCCUGAAAAGGCCGCCCUUGCGAAAGCUAACGGGACGGAUCACGUUAUUUUGUAUAAGAGCGAGGACACAGUUGCUCGCGUAUUGGAACUUACAAAUGGAGAGGGUGUCGAUGCAAUCUUUGAUGGUGUGGGUAAAGACACGUUCGAUUCUGACCUCGUAAUGAUUAAGCGGAAAGGCACCCUUGUUUCAGUGGGCAAUGCUUCGGGAGCCGUUCCACCGUUCCCUCCCAUCAAGCUCGUGCAAAAGAACGUGAAGCUCCUCCGGCCUACCAUGAACAACUACACAUAUACCCCAGCAGAAGCGCUCCACUACGGAAACGCCCUGUUCUCCCUUCUCGCCAACGGCACCUUGAAGACACAGGUCUUCAAAGAAUAUCCAUUCACUACGGAGGGGGUAAAACAGGCGCAAAUCGACCUGACGAGUGGAAAAACUACAGGGAAACUCGUAGUCAAAGUCAGCGAUUGACGGGACGUUCUAUGAUGUUUCAGUCAAUAACCGAAGCUCACAGUGUAUCAUUUUCAAGUUGUAUCAUUUUGCAAAGAUAUGAUAAUGCACACGCCUUCAGAAGGAGACGUGCACUCGCUGGGGA